AAAAAGUGGAAAAUCAAAGAUUGGCCGGCUAAUGCCCAUUUUCUCCAACGUUAAUCUGAGUUUAAACUCGGUUCAUUCUAUCUCGAAGCUAUAUGAAAAAAAUUGAACUGAGUUUGAACCGCGUCGGAGAAAACGGCCAUAAAAAAAAUUGAAUCGAGUUUGAACCGCGUCGGAGAAAACGGCCAUAACUUUACAACAGUCUACUUCCCUAGUUUUCGCAACAUCGAUACUUACCACAUACUUACUAAAUGGGAAUAAAUGCCGUGAUCGCCAUGAUAAUAUAAACGUAGUUGACAGUCAUCAAUACAGCGAUGAUAAACAGAACGAACAUCAGGAUAAUGCACUUAAAUACGUAUGCAUUCGUAUUAGUUGCAAAUAAAACAAACAAGUAGAUCAGGAUGAAAUCCGAGACACGAAUUGUGCUUAAUAAUAUACUGCCGGUUAGUAAUAAUCAAUCAGACGAGUGCUAUUAAGCAUGACAAUUGGACUCGUGAACCAACUCACAACGUAUUCUUCGAUAUUGUCCUAUUGACUUGGAUUGACAUUUUCUAUAUAUUCAUACAAUCCGGAUGCCCAUAUCAAUUUUCUCAGUAUGGAUUACGAUUACAUGGCCUUGCAUAGAGAAAGAGACAUACAUAAUAGGUGUUGCAACGGCAAAUUCUGGUGCAUUAAAGAUAUUUGUGGUAUAAUAUGUGCUCUACUUACUUGGGCUCUGAUAACGUACGCAGAAUUCGUUGUCGUUGCGGUUAUUCUCUUACCGAACAUAAAUACCUUUUAUGCUGGCUUAAACAUGGCAGUGUUUCAGUCGUUGGCAUUCCUCGCUUUUGCGUCCCACCUCAGGACAAUGUUCACAGAUCCGGGAGCGGUUCCAAAAGGAAAUGCUACCAAGGAGAUGAUACAGCAAAUGGGUUUCAGAGAAGGUCAAGUUAUAUUCAAAUGUCCGCGAUGUUGUUCCAUCAAGCCAGACCGGGCUCAUCAUUGUUCCGUUUGUCAGAGAUGUAUCAGAAAAAUGGAUCAUCACUGUCCGUGGGUAAACAACUGUGUUGGCGAAAAUAAUCAAAAAUAUUUCGUUCUUUUUACCUUCUACAUUGCUGGAAUAUCUUUACAAUCACUGUUCCUGUGCAUUCAACAGUUCACUACGUGUGUCAGACAAGAGUGGCGUGAAUGUUCAACUUUUUCUCCACCAGCGACAGUCGUUCUUUUACUUUUCCUAACAUUUGAGGCUCUUCUGUUCGCAAUAUUCACCGUUGUCAUGCUGGGUACACAAUUGCAAGCUAUUUGGAAUGACGAAACGGGUAUCGAACAACUGAAAAAGGAAGAAGCCAGAUGGGUGCGAAAUAGCAGAUGGAAAUCCAUACAAGCUGUAUUUGGACGCUUCUCCAUCGCGUGGUUCUCGCCUUUCACGUCUCCACAUUACGCUAAAACUAAAAUAGAUACAUAUUUAUAUUCGGUUUGAUCUAGAAAAAAAAUGAAUGACUUUCAUUGGGGUGUAUAUUUCUCUUACAUACUGUGUACACGAAUUAAAAUAAAAAUGGGUGAAAACUGGUA